AUGGACUCCUUGCCAAUCCCCUACCACCAGUCUGUUUCCCUGACUGUGGGUUACAUGGUGAAGCUCAAGGCAAAUGUUCAGUGCCCUUGUGGGAAUAACCCAGAGUUUGUGGUGGAUUUCUGCACAGGUAUUGGGGAAGGCAACAGCAUUGCAUUCCAUUUCCGAGUCUACACCAACAGCGCGGUGGUGAUGAACAGUUUCCAGGAAGGGGAAUGGCAAGAGGAAAAGAGAGUGUUUUCUGACCUUUUCACGCCAGGCCAGCCAUUUGAGCUGCGAUUCUUGGUGCUGGAGAAUGGAUACCAGGUGUUUGUGAAUAACAAGUCCACCUACCUCUUUGCCCACCGCCUGCCCCUACAGUCUGUGAAAAUGCUGGAGGUGAGGGGAGAUAUUGUGCUGACUUCAGUGGAUACGUUGUAA